AUGUUGGCCAUGUGUCUCACGGAUCUCAGCAGCAGCCUCUCUACACGCUUUGUACCGACCACAUCGCCCCCUAUGAUGCACCAGAUGGACCACAUGGGGCAAUAUGGCCCGUCCUCGCCCAUGAAUCUGAGCAACCAUGCAUACUACGGGUCACAGCAGCCCCAUGUAUCCCAAUACUAUGGGGGAGGCCCCAUGCCUCCUGUGCCUGCCCAUCGACAUAAUAUGAACUACUAUCAGAACCACAUGCUUAUGGGGCAGUCGCAGCCAGGGUACUACUAUCCGCAGAAUGUCCAGUACGCGCCGCCAAACCAAAACAUGCAAGCUUCCAUAUUUUCGGGCCAGUACAUGCCCACGAGUCCGACGACGGCGAAUGGUCUACGAGCACAAAUCGAUCAUCACCCCGACCCUCGCUGGCUGGGACAGGACAGGAGAGGCCCAGAUGAGCAGGAUCGGCAGCAGACGAGCGCUGUGCGCGGGCCUCCAAGGAAACCUAGACAGAGUGGCCACGCGAUCUGGGUCGGCAACCUGCCACCACAAACUGAGCUCAUGAGCCUCGUGCAUCAUGUAUGCAAGGAAGCUCCGGGGCUCGAGUCGUUGUUCCUGAUUUCCAAGAGCAACUGCGCUUUUGCUAACUUCAAAGACGAUGCAACAUGCGCGGCUGCGCAGCAGAAAUUACACGACUCCAAGUUUCAAUCUGUCAGACUCGUCAGCCGACUGCGCAAGAGCACGGUUGAGGGUGCCACUGGAGCGACGGCACCAACGGGCCCAGCAGGUUUGAGUACAGCCUCCACGUCAACCGUGCCAACGAACGAAGACAAAUCUACUGUCGUGACCGAGACAUCCGAAGAUCCCACCGGGGAGGAGGCUCAGACUGCACGUCUGCGGCAAGUCGUGGUCGAUGGAGGACAGCAAGACAAAUUCUUCAUCUUGAAGAGCUUGACCGUGGAGGACCUUGAACGAAGUGUAAAGACUGGCAUGUGGGCGACACAAUCUCACAACGAGGACACACUCAACAAUGCUUUUAAGACGACGGACAACGUAUAUCUGGUCUUCUCAGCGAACAAGUCUGGCGAAUACUUUGGAUAUGCUCGAAUGGCAUCAGAAAUUAAUCAAGACCCCGACGCCGCCAUUGAAUUUGCCCCGAAAGCGCAAAUGACAACCGACACAGAUUUGCCAAAAGCUAUCCCGACCGAGGCGACCGAACAUGCACCGAAGGGACGGAUAAUCGACGAUUCUGCGCGUGGCACGAUAUUCUGGGAGGUUGAACACGACGAAGCAGAGGAUGAAGAAGAUGAGACACAAAACAAAGAAACAGACGAGGAGGAGGACCAGAAGACGUGGGAUGAGACUGUAUGGGUCCUGAACGAAGCACAGCGCAGCAUGGAGGUGAAGGAAGCCAUACACGAAGCGUCAUCGCGGAGGUACAACGGCAAGACCCUACGCGUUACUGGUCUUUCUUUGCAAGAGCAUGGUCCGGCUUCCAUGGUUAUGAUGGGAAGGUCUUGA